UCUCCUUAACUAUGUGUACCUCAGCUGAAAAAUUAUAGUAACUCUGCUCAAAUUUUUUUUGAGCCGAUUUGGCAACUCCGCACUACCGUCCGGAUAUAAAAUCCUUAACUACUAUGAAAUAGCUUGUAUAGCUACAAGGACCCUAAGUUACUUAAAUAAUUACAUGGUUAAUUAUGUCUUCCGGUAAUUUAUUUAGGGCAACCGUUAAUGAAUAUCUCGAGGGACUUCCGAGACCGGUUCAAUCGAAAUUAUAUGAAGCUCCAGCCACAUGUUUAUCUAUAUUUCGAUUAUUACCACCUAUGGCUAAAUUUUAUAUAAUGUCUAUGGUAUUUAAUGAUCAUGCCGUAGCUCUACGAGAUCUUUAUAAAUGGACAAAACCUUCAGCUAAUAAACUUCAAUUUGAAGCAUUAAAACGGUUAAAAGCUUUACAUUUAAUUGAAGAUGAUCGACAAACUAAAGGUAUACAACUUAAUGCUACAUUUCGAAAGAAUUUUCGAGAUUGUUUAACUGGUUCACAAGAUCCAAAUGCAUUUGGUACAUUAUGUAUAUUACCUGAUAAAAAUAAAGUAGAAAUAUCAUUUUUAGAUACAUUUGCUUCACAAAAAUGGGAAACAAUCUUACAUUUUAUGGUAGGUACUGAAUCAACUGCUACACCAUCAAAAUCAGUAUUAUCGUUAUUAAAAAAGGGCGAAUUAAUGGAAGGACCAGGAACUUCGGCAACAAAUCUUAAAAUUACUAAUAUUGGAUUUCAAUUCUUAUUACAAGAUGUUAAUGUACAAAUUUGGACACUUUUAUUACAAUAUUUAAAUUUAACUCAAGAUUUACAUAUGGAUCCAGUUGAUGUUUUAAAUUUUUUAUUUAUGUUAGGUUCAUUAGAAUUAGGGAAAAGUUAUAUGGUAUCAAAUUUAAGUGAUACUCAAAUAAGUAUGUUGGCAGAUUUACGAGAUUAUGGUUUAGUAUAUCAAAGAUCAGAUAAUUCUACUAGAUUUUAUCCCACUAGAUUAGCAACAACUUUAACAUCUGAUUCAGCAGCUAUAAAGACUCCAUCUAAUGCAUUAGAACAAGCCGUUGGUCCAGAUACUUCAACUUCAUCUAAUCAAGGAUCAGUUAUUGUAGAAACUAAUUUUAAAUUAUAUUCUUAUACUAAUUCACCAUUAGAAAUUGCUAUACUAAAUUUAUUUGUACAUUUAAGAACAAGAUUUUCAAAUAUGGUUUGUGGACAAAUUACUCGAGAAUCUAUUAGAAGAGCAUUAUAUAAUGGUAUAACUGCUGAUCAAAUUAUAAAAUUUUUAGAAACUCAUGCCCAUCCUCAAAUGAAAAUUUUAGCUAAGGAAAGAUUAGAUAAAAAGAUUGAAUUUGAUACUUCACAUAAUAUUAAUACUGCUGGAGGAGCUCCACAAUCUAAGGGGAAAGAUUCAGUACUGCAACAUAAGCUUGAAAUAUUACCACCUAAUAUUGUAGAUCAAAUUAGAUUGUGGCAAUUAGAAUUAGAUAGAAUUCAAACUUAUGAAGGUUAUUUAUUCAAAGAUUUUAAUAAUCAACAUGAAUAUGAUCUGUUAUCAAGUUAUGCAUCGGAAGUAGGAGAUUUAAUAUGGAGUGAUAAAAAGAAAAUGAAAUUCUUUGUAUCACUUUCAGAAAUUGGUUUAAAUCAAGUAAUGGUAUUUGCUAAUAAGAAGAAGUAACGGGUAU